GUCAACACAGACAAAAAAAAAAGUUUACGAAAACAAAAAUUAAAAUAAAGUCAAAAGCUCUCUAGUCUCUAGACAUCUCAUCUUGGUAUAUAAUCACCAACCAUCUUCUAAUUUCUUCCAUUUUAUUCAUCUUCACAAUCUUAAAUUCUUCUACACAUCUUGAGAGCUUCCAGAGAGAACAAAAAAAAAACUAUAUAUACAAAGAAUAAAAAAUAAAAAUGCUGGGAAAAAGAAUAGCUUCGUUCAAGAACUUAGCCAAGAAAGUGAAGAGCAUCAACACGACGACGAAAAGCGGAGGAGAAGGCGGCUCCGAGUCAACACAUAACGAGUCACUUCUGAUGAGCGAGGCGGAGGAGGCGGCGAUGGCGACAACAAAGACGCCAACGGGGACGUUCGCGGUGUACGUAGGGGAAGAGCGCGUGAGGCGCGUGGUUCCGACAAGCUAUUUGAAUCAUCCGCUCUUUAGGAUGCUCCUAGACAAGUCUCACGACGAGUUCCUCUGUUUCGAGCAGAAGGUUAUGUUGGUCGUGCCUUGCAGCCUAUCCGUUUUCCAAGACGUGGUGAACGCCGUUGAGUCUUGUAACGGAAACUUUGAUUUCGGCGAUUUUGUCGAAGAGUUUCUAUAAUUUUAAUCUUCUUCUUUAUAAUUAUUAAUCUUUCAGAAAACGUUUUUCUAGGUCUUUUUUCUUUUUUUAAGGAAAUUAUAUAUACUCAUUAGGAGGAUAUGAUUUGAUUGAUUGUGAAAUUUGUGAUACAUUGAACACCCCUAUGUUGCGUGGUGUGGAAUUUGUAGUUUUUCUUCUUUCCAUAAUCUAAUUAUGAUAUAAGCUA